UAUCACAAUGUGCCAGCACCAAGCUGGCUGAACAUGGCAAUGCAGCAGAUAUUGAGUUGGCCACGCGAGGAUGUAGAAACAUCCGAGCAAGUUCAGCAACUGAACGAAUUGGCCUGCAACGCAGUCGACUUGAUUGUUGAACAGGGAUGGAGCCUCAUCGAUAUGCAUGAGGACGAACUUCUCCGAGACACGGCUAUUUCCGAGGCUCGAUCCUUACCCAGCCACACAAGCUUGCGGGCAGAAUUCUUGUCAGACUACUUAGGACAGGAGUGCAACAGCAAAGUUGGCAUUCUGGAAGACAGAGGACCUGAGACUUCUUGGGCCUUGCAGGAAGUUGAUGCAGAACUUACUAGUCUUUGCAAGCUCUUGGCGCCAAUUACUCCUGAAGCGCUUGGCUUCACAUGCGCUGGAAGAAGAAAGGGAAUGGUGUGGACUCCAUUCCGGGAUCCCGAGGAAGCAGAGCGACUGCAACCUCGGGAACUUUCCGAUGAGGAUGUGGAUGCAGGUGUGCUUCAGAGCCAUUUGCAGUUCAUUCAAAAACGGAGACUUUGCUUGAUGAGAUUCAUUUCAAAUGAUGGGGGUGUUUUGGAAUUGUCUCCACGCCCCGGAAAUAGAAGCCGGCAGGCUACACAAAUUCCAUUAUCUGAAGGAAAGCUUUUAGUGUUUCGCUGCGACGAGUUCGGGUUCAACUACAAACCACAGGGCCAAGAACCAGUAGCAUUGACAACAUGGAUAGUGGACACUGGCUCAAAGGUAGUGCAGCAACUAGCAACUGGAUACUUCGGUGUGGACAGUAUGCAGCACUCAGAAGCUUUAGGCAUUCUGGUCGGACCACCAAUGCCAACAGGCUACCGAAUGCAUGUGAUGGCAAUGCAUGCCCAUUUACCCGGCGCUGCACUUAACUUAGAUAGUGUUGAGUGCAUGCUGACAAGUGGAACUGAUGGCUUUGUACAGAUUCCAGCCACAAGAUUUGAUAUUGACAUUUAUUGUUCAAUUGAUGGUGAGAAAGUUCCUGGAUUGAGCUAUGUCCGACAUGGGGCAAUGAUGAGUGAUGAAGAGAUCAUCCAUUUCGACAACGCAUUCUUUGGCAUUCGAGAAGAAGAAGUGAUGACCAUAUCGCCAAACCAGCGCAUGAUUCUGGAGGACGGAUACAUGUUGCUGCGCAAAUCAGGCUUCACAAAAACAAGUCUCAAUGGACGGCAAACUGCAGCAUUCCUGGGCGACACAGGCACAGAUUGGGAUUUCACUGCACAAAUCAAACGAUUGGACAACCCACAAAAUCCCACUAAAGCCACGGCUUUUGGGAACUGUGAAGCUAGCCAUUGGACCUAUGCUGGUGUCUCAAAGAUUGUUUCAGCCGGCAGGCUUUCCCACAUCAUGGGAUUGAGAGGCGGUUCAACCAAUAUCGACACCGCAUGUUCAGCAUCCCUAGUUGGUGUGACCACAGCGGUGCAAGCAUUAAGAAAGGCCACUGGAGGGCAGAUCAAAUCGGUAGUGAACAACCAUGGUGUGGAUGCUAUUUGCAUGGGUGUCAACAUGCUUUUGAGCCCUUGGACGUUCAUUGGUCUUUGCGGACCCUCCAUGCUCGCAGUGAAAGGCCGUUGCUUUACCUUCGAUGUCAGCGCAGAAGGUUAUGCACGCGGUGAUGGAUUUGGAGGUGUCUACAUCAAGCCUAGUGACUCUGAUGAGGAUUACCUGAGUCAACUCUGCUGCUUGAUGGGUACAUACGUUAAUCAAGAUGGUCGGAGUGCUACUCUGACAGCUCCAAACGGAAUGGCCCAGCAAGCCUGCAUUCGAGAGUCUAUGCGAGAAGCAAUGGUGACGGCCAGUCAGAUCACCAUCGCAGAGUGUCAUGGAACUGGGACAGCUUUGGGGGACCCGAUUGAAGUUGGUGCCUUGAGAGGUGUCAUGGAACCCAGAGAGACGCCUUUGCUGACUACAAGUGCCAAGUCAAACAUUGGACACACUGAGGCAUGUGCAGGGAUGAUAGGACUCAUCAAAUGUGUGAGCAUGGUGGCCAGUUCUCAAGCCCAUCCAAAUUGCCAUUUGUACAACCUCAAUCCGCAUUUGGAUGUGGAUGGCUUUCCAAGCAACUUUGACACAGAAGUGAUUGACACACGCUUGAACAGCAACUAUGCCGGAGUGUCAUCUUUUGGAUUCAGCGGCACAAAUGCCCGUGCAGAUGUGUGGAGCCAGUGCAAGUCAGGACCAAGGAAGGCAAACACCAAGCCGGACCUGUCGAAGGCAGAUCAGGUUCACAUCCGGUGCCCUGUCACCUUAGGUAUGAUUGAAGUAACCACUGGCGAGCCCGUCACCAAGUCCUUCCGGAAGAAGAAGGGCUACAAGGCAGAUGUUCUUCGAGAUGAAUGGGCUCCUUAUGACAUUUCGAGUCAGGCUUACAGUGGUGGAUUUCGGUAUCGACGGUCUUCAAGUGAUGAGCCUGAAGACCUGGAUGAAGAGCCGUACAUUCUUGGUUCCUGGAGCGGGUGGACUAGAAUGGAAGUCAUGCAAAGACGAGAGAAGGGUGUUUAUGUCGCACCCGUCAUCCUUGGUGAAGUUUGCUAUGAGAUGUUUAGAAUUUGUCUUGAGGAAGACCUGUCAAUGGAGAUAUACCCCAUCAUAAAGGAUGCAUCUAGCAAGAUUUGGAUCGAGGGUCCAGACUGGAAAGGUGGCGGACGCUACUGGAUCAUUGAUGGACGAGACUGUGAUGCUUUAGCUGGAGCAUUGUAUGAAGUGGAAUUCCGAUGGCAUCAAGAGGUGAAAAGCAUCUCUUGGAGGCAUAUGGGAGCAUCUUUGGAUGCGGGCCUGGAAAUGCCAGCCUUCGAACACAGCUACAUGUUGACUGGAACCUUCACUGCAGGUCAUUUCCAGGAGAUGAUGCAGAUUCAAAGCGGCAUGUGGCAGGGAAGCUUCCGCUUAGGGGUGACAGGUGAAGAGGAAUUUCAAAUAUCUCGAGAUGGUGACAUUAACCAGCUGAUCUAUCCUGCUCAGUCAGGUGCUGUGAGGACCACAGUUCCAGUUCGCGGCCCAGACAGCCUGGGAUGCAAAAAGUAUUGGCUGAUCCGUGGGAUGCCAAGUGAAGAGCUCACCGUGACCCUGGAGGUUGUUGAUGGCCACCUGAGAGUCACUGUAGCCUCAGACAUUCGAGGUGACAAGGUGUGGGAAAGCGAGGAUGGAUGGGACAGGCACAGCUACUAUGUCUAUGGCUCUUGGACCAAUUGGGUCCCAGUGCAAAUGAUCAUGGACCCGAGUGAACCUGGCGUUUUCAAGGCGUUUGGCAAGGUGCAAUGCUUGUAUCCCUCCAUGAAAACACACAGAGGAGGCCAUGUGGAAAGAUUCUACAUCAUUGUUGAUGAAGACACGAAUCUGGCAUACUAUCCACAGCUGAGCUGUGCGAGACAGCACGAGUACAUCGUCGAAGGUCCUGGCCCAAAUCCGUCAGCUUUGUGCUGGCAAAUUUAUUGCCCAACUCCAGAUUCUCGCUUCGAAAUCAUCUUCGAUCUCACUGCGGAAGAUCGUCGUCAGAGAGUAUCAUGGGGAUGGCCGAUAAGGGGUCAAAUCGAAGCCCUGCAAGGUCCAGGCUUACCCCAAAUAGAAAAUUGA